UGAAACCAGGCCAAACCCAAGUCUCUUCUGUCAAGCAGGACUGGGAGGCCCACACUCUCCCUUUUCACUUUGCAAAUAAGGAGAAACUAAGUCAUUUUCCCGCAGCUAGAGCUCAAGCAGGCUCCCUUAAUUCACUGGAGGGCCUUUUCACACAUCUAAGAUGGUACGUGAACAGUACACCACAACCACAGAAGGAACCCAUAUAGAAAGACCAGAGGACCAAUACGUGUACAAGAUAGGCAUUUAUGGCUGGAGGAAGCGUUGCCUCUACUUAUUUGUUCUUCUGUUACUCGUCAUCCUCCUUGUGAAUUUGGCACUCACAAUUUGGAUUCUGAAAGUGAUGUGGUUUUCCCCUACAGGAAUGGGCUACUUAGGGGUUAAAAAAGAUGGACUUCGCCUGGAAGGGGAAUCUGAGUUUCUAUUCCCCUUAUAUGUCAAAGAAAUACACUCCAGACUGGAAUCAUCUCUGCUUCUGCAGUCGACUCAGAAUGUGACAAUGAGCGCGCGGGACCCUGAGGGAGAGGUCACAGGCAGGCUCAGCGUGGGUCCCAAGAUGGUGGAUGUCCAAAGCCCACAGCUUCAGAUCAAUUCCAAAGAUGGCAGAAUGUUAUUCACAGUGGAUGAAAAGCAGGUAGUGGUUGGCCCAGACAGACUUCGGGUAACAGGACCUGAAGGGGCUCUGUUUGAACACUCUGUGGAGACACCCCUUGUGACAGCCGACCUGUUUGACGAACUGAGACUGGAGUCCCCCACACGGAGUUUAAGCAUGGAUGCUCCAAAAGGUGUUCACAUUAAUGCUCGUACUGGGAAAGUAGAGGCUCUUUCUCAGGUGGAUAUCAUUCUUCAUAGUAGUGAUGGAGAGCAGCUUGUCCUGGAUGCAGAUACUGUGUUACUACCCAAGUUGAUUCAGGGAAGUGGGGGCCCGGCUGGCAGCUGGCAAAGGCUCUAUGAAAUCUGUGUGUGCCCAGACGGCAAACUGUACUUGUCAGUGGCUGGUGUGGAGACCACAUGCCACAAAAAUACUCAAGUGUGUCUCUAGACCUUCAGCAGCUUAUAAAGAACACCACCUGCUCACCUCAGCCUGAUUUCCUGUCUCCACAGUUAGAACUAUGCCCAGACACUGAGUAGGGGCACAAAGACUCACUUCCAUAGGAGGCAUUCCAGAAAAACACACUAGUGAAAGUUUUCUGAUGAAAUGACAUGAUCUCAGAGUGGUAGGUGGAGAAGUCACAGAAUGUCAGAAGGAGGGGGGUUACUCCCAUAGGUCAGUGUUUAUCAAACCUCUGUGCUUUUUCUUGCCUCUCUCCUUCAUCUAUUGUAUAAUGAAAGAGACAGUGGAGUAAUGGGUUGGUGCACAGAAUUCAUGAUAUUCCACUCUGGAUAGCCAUAUCCAACUCUGUGUAAAAACAGCACCUGAAGAAGCAUCUUGGCCUCAAAGUUCUGAGAUGUUGCCAUCAUUUCACACAGACUUGUAUGUUCUUCCUUCACUUUUAGGCAAUGUGUGUUAGGUUUCACCAGGAAAUCUUCAGGCUUUAAAAGGGUUUUGAUUUUAUUUUCAAAACAUAGUCAAAGGGGGGGAAAGCUAUACAAAAAUGAAUCAAUCUUUUUAUAGUUAAAAAGCAAUAAAUAUCAAGCUACCUUUUCCAUAAAUUUAA